AAGUUAAAAACUUAAGGAAUCAAUGUACAUUUCGAAUGAUCUCAAGGAGGGUAGCAAUUACUCAGACUGCUGUUUUGUGUGCACUGAACGAACACGUUGGUACUAGAAUCUACUCAAUAUGAAUUGACUCUUCAAGAAGUCUGCACGCAACCAUGAGGACUUUUUCACAAAUUUAGAAAUUGGUACUGGUAUGAACAGAAUAUUCAAAAAAUUUAAAAAAAUCGAAAGACAGACAAAAGAAAAAUAUAUUGACAGACGAAUUUUUUACUUCGCCUAGUUUAGAUGUAAAUUUUAUAAUAAAAAUUUUGUAAAUUUUAAUAAAACAAAAAGCCAAAAUUCUUGUACUAAUUUAAUGAACUACUAAUUAUUACAAACUUAAAAUACUAAAAAUAUAUAAAAACCCUCCUCCCCGUUGUGCUGUAGGAGAAUUAUAAUCUUUCAAAAUGUGUUCUCCGUGUGGCCCUAUGGUUUGCUACAAAUAUGAAGACUGUGGUCCUCCGAAAGGCAAACCUUUGAAUGAUGGUCCUGGCCAGCAAAUGGUGGAGGGCGGCGGGCAAAAAAAAAGUGAAACGGAAAAUCAGUUGAAGCGAACCAAAAGUCGUGAGUUGCGUGGUGGCAUCAUGUACUACAGUUGUCAUUGUAUCAAGCGUAAUGGGCUCCAACACGACUGUCGCCGCACUGGAUGUGGCGGCGAGCCCGCGUGUCUUGUCUUGCCCGACCCAUUGUGUGCGCCUAGCCAGUUGGCUCGUGCUCGUGGCCUCGCCGACCCUGGUGUCCUCGCAGCCCACACUAACCCUCAAGGCAGUAGUGGCGGCUCAGGUGGACCGACAACUUCCAGUUCCCGUGGAAAACGUUUUAUUGUCUGCGAAUUAAAGGGUAUCAUUCCCGAUGCAGGUGUGGAUAGAAACGACGGGAAAUGCUGUUGCUCUGCGCCAAGAGACGGAGGCGGCAUGGCGAGUGGGGGCGCGGCAGCAGCUGGCUUGCCUAUGUUGGUGAUGAAGCUCUGCUGAACGAGUGUUGUCUUAUCCUGACUGAUUUCCUGAAAGCUUAAGAAAAAGUGCAAAAUAAUCCGAAGGCAUUAAUUAAAUGUUUAAUUGUA